AUGUCCUCCUCCGCCAAAGCCAACCUCUCCAUCCUCCACGGCCCAGCUCAACCAAUCCCCAUCCACAAGACAUUCGGCAACCUCCUCCGAGAACAAGCCAGAUCCCAACCCUCAGCCCUGCUCGUCGCCUCAGACCACCAGCAGAAAUCACUAUCCUACGCCGAGGCAGAUUCUCGCUCGGAUGAUCUCGCUCGGGGCCUGGCCGCCCUCGGCGCCAAACAAGGCGACCGCAUAGCCAUCCUCAUGGGCAACGAAAUCGAGUACAUCGAAACCUUCUUCGCGUGCACCAAGCUCGGCGCGCCGGUAACCCUCGCAAACUACGCCUACACCGAGCAAGAGCUGCACUCGGUCCUCUCAUCCUGCGGCGUCUCCACGCUGAUCAUGGUCCCCCGCUUCGACCGCUACGACUAUCGCGCCUGGAUCCCCAACCUCAGAAAGGGCAUCCCUUCGCUCAAAAACAUCAUCGUCGUCAACGCAGACAAGGAACCCGCCCUCGUCAAGCUCGACUACCAAGACUACGAAGACGUCAUCCUCCGCGGCCGCAACAACAACACAAACUUCGACCUCCUCGCCCUCGAGGCAAACAUCCACGCCAGAGACGUCAUGAACCUCCAAUUCACCAGCGGCUCGACCGGCCUCCCCAAAGCCUCCGCUCUCACCCACAGCGGCAUCUACAACGCGGGCCGCUACAUCGGCAGCACAAUGUACCUCCAAGCCUCGGACCGCAUCUGCCUCCCCGUGCCGCUCUUCCACAGCUUCGGCCUCAUCAUCGGCCUCGCCGUAGCCACGGCGCACGGAGCAUCGCUCAUCCUCCCCGCCAGCAUCUUCAGCGUCGAGGCCACGCUGGCCUGCAUCCCCAAAUACCGCUGCACGGGUCUCUACGGCGUGACGACCAUGUUCGUCGCCGAAAUGGCCCACCCUCGCUUCCACGACUUUGACCUGUCCAGCCUGCGCUUCGCCAUCCUCUCCGGCUCCGCCGUUCCCGAGCCUCUCAUGCGCAAGGUCUGGUCCGCCUUUGGCAUCACGCAGACACACACAAACUGGGGCCUCACCGAAGCCUCCUCCAUCGUCACCAUGACGCGCGACACCGACUCCAUGGCCCAGCGCACCGUCACCUCCGGCCGUCUCUUCCCCGGCUUCUCCGCCCGCAUCGCCGACCCUGCCACCGGCCGAACCGUGCCCCGUGGCCAAAGAGGCGAAAUCGCCCUCCGCGGCAACGGCAUCCAGGCGGGCUACUACGCAAACCCGCAGCGCACCGCCGAAGCGCACCGCGUCUCGCCCGAAGACGGCCUCGAGUGGUUCCACACCGGCGACGAGGGCUACUUCGACCCGGACGGCUUCUUCGUCAUCACCGGCCGCAUCAAGGACAUGAUCAUCCGCGGCGGCGAAAACAUCUCCCCCCUGGAAAUCGAAGAGCGCCUCGUCGCCCACCCGGCCGUCGCGCAGGCCUCCGUCAUAGGCGUCCCCGACGCCAAAUACGGCGAGCAGAUCUGCGCCUUUGUCGAGCCCACGGCAGGCACAGAGCGGCCCUUGGACGAUGAGCUGCGCGCGUGGGUUGCCGAGACGCUGGCGCACUUCAAGAGGCCGCGGUAUGUUAUCUGGCUGGGCUCGCAUGCUGCUUUCCAGACGUGGCCGAAGACGGCGAGUGGCAAGUUGAGAAAGCCGGACCUGAGGCUCAUUGCGGCGGAGAUUAUGAAAGGGGAUGCGGUGGAGGUGGAAGUGCGAGUGCAGGAGCCUGUGAGGGCGAGGCUGUGA